UGUCCUCGUCGAGGGUUAGAACUCUCUGAGAGAUUCGUCAUUCGUCUCGAGAGUACCAUCGGGUUGGAGCACCUGGUGCUGAUAACACUGCAGGAACAUUUAUGAUUGCGCGACUGUGCAAGAACGACGAUGAAGCGAAAGAAAGAUCUCGGGAACGUAGAUUGGGACGUGAAAUCGGAAGCCAGCAGUGAGAGGACCAUCGAGGUCUUGGAAUCAGAACUAGAACCGCUUCCAUCUCCGCCGGAUCCGCACGCGUACUGCGAAUUGCCCGAAGAUCCUCCUCGAGUCGAUCACCCCCCCUCGAACACCUAUCGCUCCGUAAAUACGGGCAACAACCGAAUGAGAAAAAUAGCGACGAGGUGGCACGGGUUCGAGGACGACGAGGAGAACCAAAAACGUUACACCUGCUCUGUCUGCGAGCUGGAAUUCGCCAAGCACAGGGAUUACAAGCGCCACAUGGUGAAGCACAGUGAUGCCCGCCCCUACAUAUGCGCCACUUGCGGGAAAGCUUUCAAACGUUCCUCGGAGAUAUGCAAUCACAGGCGGAUCCAUCGUGAUAUCAAGUACUCGUGCGAGAUAUGCGGCUUCACCACGAACAACAAGAUCUCGUUGAGGAUGCACCACCGCCGCGUCCACGAGAGGGAUUAUCGCUAUCGCUGCGACCAGUGCGACAAGGGUUUCAUGUCCAACUACGAUCUGGAGGAUCACAAGACGAGCCACCUCGAGACCAAGGCGUUCAUCUGCGAGUUCUGCGGGAACGGUUACUCGCAGAGAUCGUACCUGGUCUCCCACAAACGGGUGAUGCACGGGAUCAAGAUGAGCACGCCCAAGGCGUUCCAGUGCAACAUCUGCAACAAGAGAAGCUUCGCCACCGAGCAGGAGCUGCGUAGCCACUUGAAUCUGCACUCCCAGAUGUUCCUGUGCGCGGAAUGCGGCCAGAAAUUCGCGACCAACUACGCCCUCAAGCUUCACUGCCGGAGGCACACCGGGGAGAAACCGUAUCAGUGCCCCUUCUGCCCGAAAGCUUUCGCCAGGUCGCCCGCGCUCAGGGUCCACAAACUUACACACACGGGGGAGAGGCCGUACGUGUGCAACAUAUGCGGCCAGAGUUUCACGCAGAGGAGCAGUUUGAUGGUGCAUCACAAGAAGCAUCCUGGAAACCAUCCACCGCCCCCUCCUCUACCGCUCACCAGACUCGCCAAGGACGCGAACAAGUCAUAGCGUUUCUGGACGCAGCCGGGAAUGUUGCAGGAAGGAAGGAAGGAAGGGGAUUUAGGAUUGAAACCGAUCGAACUUGUCCGAACGUUAAUUGGGAUAUUUCAGGAUAUUUGCUCGAUGGAUGGACUUUCGCCUCGUCGAGGUUUUUCGUUUUUCCUUCAAGGGAAUCCCGCUUUCCACGUCGAAUGUCUCCGAAUCUCUUACGUUACGCUUUUGAUUCCAUUUGCGCUUUUUUUUUUUUUUUUAAGUUUCUUUUCCUUUUUCUCGUUUCCGCUAAUUAAGUCCACGCUUAAGUAAGUUCAACACGGAAUAUAACUCGAGCGUUUCUUUGUACAUGGUCGAUAAUGGGUAAUUGUUUAUCGUUCUCGCUUGAACAACGAGCAGCGGAUCAUUUAUAACGAUAUUUUUAUAAUUCAGAAUAAAAAGCUGCUUUAUCUUUAUAAAUCUGAAGUUUUAAGCAAAAGGGGGAAAUCGCGCGCCCUGCAUUUUACUGAUAUAACAGUUCAAUGCUGUUUUAGCCCCGUAGCGUUUAUUUUGUAUCUGUUUAAAUCUCGAAUUAUUGUACAGCAUUCUGGGGGAAAGAAAAAAAAAAAAAAAAGAAAAAAAGGAAAAAAAGAAAAAAAAAUCGCGGGAAACGAUGAAGCUUCUAAUAAUAAUUGAUGACUCGAGGAUUGAUUAACAAAAAUUGCUUCGUUAGUGAUAAAAAAAAAAAAAAAAAAGAUAUUCAAGUUAAUUAUUAAUCGAGAGGAAUUAAAUGUGUACAUAAAAUGAUGUACUUAAGCGAAAGGUUUGUUGGUUGAUUGGUGUAAAGUACAGUAAAUGAAACGAUUGUGAAUUCACGAUUAGAAAGGAGUGAAAGUGAAACAUAUUGGCGGUUAUGAUAAAUAGAUCGGAUUAAGCGUGAAUCGAGCCUUACGAAUGUCGAUCAUCGAUAAUCGAAGAAGAAUAAAAAAAAAAAAAGAAAGAAAGAAAGAAAAGGAAAAAAAAAGAAUGAGAGAGUGGGAGAGAAAGUAAGAAUAGCGUGAGAAUGGAAGCGAGUUUUUCGUGAGUUUUCGUCGGUUGUUCUAGAAGCUGUGACAAUUUUACUAAUGUAAGUAGACACUGACUGUAAAUUCACACAUUAACCCGGAGAAUCGAAUUGUUUCAGUGCAAUGUUCGACAUGCAUUCAUUGCUUGUACUGAAUUCUUUGUUCCUUUAAUUAAAUCCUUUUCAGAAAUCGCUCGAUUGUUCUCACUAUA